CUGCCGACCGAGUUUUCCGAUAUUGAAUAUGGAGCAACGCAAAAGACACAAUACAUGAAGGGAAUACAGAAUGAAAAGGCAACAAAAGCGAAGAAUGGAAAAGUUGGGUAACUAAAGCAACAAGAAAAUAGAAGCUAUAACGUCCCUUAACUCCGACUACGGCUACGGCUUCCACUCGAUGAUCUACUACUGACAGACAUAGAUGAAUCACUUUCAGUUGAAGGUGAUCGGCCUCGCCGUGAUCCCCUCUCGCCGCGUGGUGGAGGUGAAGGAGACCGAGUAUGACCACGUCCACGUCGGUCUAUUCGCACAGGUGAUCGCACAGGUGACCGAGACGGUGAGCGUGAAGGAGACCUUCCACGACGAUCGCGACCGCGCGGGGACCUUGAGCGUGGCUUCACUUUAUCAAGGUCGCGAGUACUCUUCGGAUGAGGGGGCGGAGAUCCAGAUAUUCCACUCUCUCCCCGUGAAGGAGGUUCAACGGAACCGGAGCGGCGGUAUCGAGGGGGUGAUCGUGAGUCGAAACGACGACGUACACGCGGUAAAGGCGAAGGCGAUCGGGAGGGACGACGAUGACUAUCGCGCGGCGGUGGCGAAGGUGAGCGGGAGCUUGGUCGUUUCCUGUAAUCGUCUCGAUCGCGCGGUGGUCCUCGACGGUCAGGGCUUCUACUUCGACGGCCUCUGUCACGAUCAACACCCCUGUCUCCUCGAUGAUAUACAGGAACCGGGGGUGGCGGCAUCCUUUCUCUUCGCUUCAUUUCCUCUUCUCUCUCCUUUCGUCUCCUGUCCUCCUCACGUCUCCGCAACCUAUCCCUCUCCUUCCGCUCAGCUUCCCACUUCUCCUUCUGAGCCUGCAUACGUGUGCGCUCCUCUUCCCUCUGCCUUUCCCGCUCUCCGCGCUCCUCCAUACGCCGUCUCCUGAUCUCCUCCUGCUUCUCCUUGUCAAAGGCAUCACCCUCGGUAUAAUCUUUACGGGUGCCCAAAGCGCGUGCCAUUCGAUCGAGCUCAUCCUUUUUGGCGGCAGCUAUGCCAUGGGUAUCUGAUGGUUUGAGGCUUUUUGCGUUAGUUUGCAUGCUGCUGAGAUUGGCUAGCAAUUUUGUGCGAAGAGUUUGAACUUGGCCGUCAAUAUCUGCCUCGUCCAGCCUACAAUAAUCCGUUAGAGAAAUGAACGAAGUUGAUUAGUAAGAAGAGACAUACCCAUUAUCCUCGAGUUCCAACUGCAACUCCAGACAUUGUACUUCAACUUUUCGUUUCUUCUCAUGCUCGAGGAUCUCGCCGUCCGGUUCGCGGUGUUUUGGCGGAGGGGCAUUCCAGGAUUGAGCCCGUUCUACUGCAGUUUCAUGGCUACGCAGGACGGAAAGGUUACGGACGACAUAACCGUUUGUACCACUGUAAUCGGGGUGUUAGUUUGUGCAAUACACCGCUGUGUGAAUGCUAUGUACCUUCCUCGAGGAGUUGUAAGUCCAAUACCGUUAUACAUGUUGUCUGACCGGUGUUGUUCGCAACAGAGAUGCAAGCU